CCGCGACGGGCACAUAGCCGAAGAAAGCAUUCGUGCCCUAUCACCUCGUCCUUCCUCCGCACAGAUUGACGAGUGGCAAGAUGGCAGCACAUCCAGUCACACGAAUGAUCUCGCCAUCGACAUGGGCGAUGAUCGAGGACAAGUUCUCAGACUUUGGCAAGGAGACGCUAGCCAAGGUUGUCGAUUUCGUCGAGUAUGAAGUCACGCCAGCAGAGGGCAUCUACCAUGCGCAGAUCUCCAAGGACCCGUCACAGAGAUGGAAGUCUAUCCCGCCCAUCCUUGCCGAUCUCCAGAGCAAGGCAAAGUCGCUCGGUCUCUGGAACCUGUUCCUGAGCAAGGCACACUACCCAGACCAUGGCGUACCGCUGACAAAUCUCGAAUAUGCGGUCAUGGCCGAGAUUCUUGGUCGUACAGGGCACCUAGGCCCUCAGGCCACAAACACUUCUGCACCUGAUACCGGUAACAUGGAAGUGUUCGCACGCUAUGGCACAGACGAACAGAAGAAGCAAUGGCUAGAACCACUCCUGCGUGGCGAGAUUCGAUCUGCCUUUGCUAUGACAGAAAAGGGCGUCGCAUCAUCUGACGCGACCAACAUCCAAACGAGCCUGCGCAAAGACGGCAACGAAAUCGUCAUCUCUGGUCGCAAGUGGUGGAUCUCGGGCGCAGGUGAUCCACGCUGCAAGGUUCAUCUCGUCAUGGGCAAGAGCGAUCCCGACAACAGCAACAAGCAUCGUCAGCAGUCCAUCGUCUGGAUCCCCGCCGAUGCGCCUGGCGUGACGAUCGUUCGACCUAUGCAAGUCUUUGGCUACGACGAUGCACCAGAGGGGCAUAUGGAGGUCCUCUAUGACAAUGUCAGAGUGCCAGAAUCAAAUCUUAUCGCCGGAUGGGGGCGCGGCUUCGAGGUCAUUCAGGGCCGUCUUGGUCCAGGCCGUAUCCAUCACUGUAUGCGAGCGAUCGGAAUCGGCCAGCGCGCUUUGGACUUGAUGAUCACACGCGUGACUGAUCUCGAGCGAAAGACGUUCGGCAAGCAUCUAUACGAGCAUGGUACGAUCGUGUCCGGUAUUGCAAAGUCACGCAUGCAAAUCGACCAAGGCCGACUGCUCGUAUUGACUGCAGCUCAUCAGAUUGACAAAGGCCAGCAAGGCUCUAUCACAGCACCGACUGAUGGCUCACAGUAUCUGAUGACAGUCCGCGCGAAAGGUGCCAUGAAGGAUAUCGGCAUGGCCAAGGUCGUCGUACCUGCUAUGGUCGGCGAGGUGCUCGAUCGAACCAUGCAAGCCUAUGGCGCAGAGGGCAUAUGUCAAGACACAUACCUCGCACAAGCAUGGGCAGGUGUCCGCACCCUCCGCUACGCAGAUGGACCCGACGAGGUCCAUACGCUUCAGAUUGGCAUUAUGGAACUCAAGCGAGCCAAGGACCUGCACGAGAGGCUUGCAAAGGUGAUCGAGGCCGAGGAAAGCCUCGCCAAAAAGCAUGGGAUCAAGCAUCAUUUGUAG